CCGGGGCGACGAUGGCGACGCUGAGCGUGCUGGUCACGGGCUUCGGCGUGGUGCGCGACGGCGCGCAGCCGGACUGCGCGGUGUUCCUAGGCACGGUGCAGCAGGGCGGCGGCGCCUCGUGGACCGUGUACCGGCCGUUCGAGGCCUUCCAGCGGUUGGGGCAGCAGCUCUCGCUCAUCUUCGGUCAGGCCGUGCCCGCCUGCCCGCCGCGCAUGUUCGACGUGCGCUUCCCGGACUCGCUGGAGAAGGCGCGCGUGGACCUGAGCAUGUGGAUGAUGCAGCUGCUGCAGCACCCGCCCAUCUACCAGUCGCACGUGUUCGUGGACUUCGUGAGCGCCGACGCCAACGUGGCGCCCCCGGGGCUGCAGGGCGCCGCGCCCGCCAGCAACAUCGGCGACCUCGACAUGGACGAGAUGUUCGACUCCACCACGGACGACGACCCGCGCUCGCACGACGAGCUGCACGACGACGACAUGUUCCAGUUCGACUACAACACGGACAUGUCGGGCGCCGGCCUGGACCAGCAGACGCUGCUGGAGGAGACGCAGCUGCAGCACGCGCAGCAGGUGCAGGAGCAGAAGAAGCGCAGCGAGAAGGUGACGCUCGAGGACUUUGUCAUGAUCAAGGUCAUCGGCAAGGGCAGCUUCGGCAAGGUGCUGCUGGUGCGCAAGCGCGACACGGGCCUCAUCUACGCCAUGAAGGUGCUGCGUAAGGAGAACAUCAUCAAGCGCAACCAGGUGGAGCACACGCGCACGGAGCGCCACGUGCUCGGCUACGUGCGCCACCCGUUCAUCGUGGGGCUCAACUACGCCUUCCAGACGUCCGAGAAGCUCUACUUUGUGCUCGACUACUGCGCCGGAGGAGAGCUCUUUUUCCACCUCGGCAAGGUGCAGCGCUUCCCCGAGCACCGCGCGCGCUUCUACGCGGCGGAGAUCACGCUCGCCAUCGAGUACGUGCACAACCUGGAUGUGAUCUACCGCGAUUUGAAACCUGAGAACGUGCUGCUCGACGAGAACGGACACAUCCGCCUGACAGACUUUGGCCUCUCGAAGGAGGGCAUCCAGGAUGACUUCUCGGGCGCCAACUCGUUCUGCGGCACGCCCGAGUACCUGGCGCCGGAGAUUUUGAACCGAUCGGGCCACGGCCGAGCAGUGGACUGGUGGUCGCUGGGCGCGCUUCUGUACGAGAUGCUCACGGGCUUGCCGCCGUUCUACUGCCGCGACCGCGACCGUCUUUUCGAGAAGAUCCGCAAGGGCGACCUGAGUUUCCCCAAGUAUCUGUCGCCGAACGCCAAGGACCUGCUCAAGAGGCUGCUGGAGCGAGACCCGACGCGCCGUCUGGGAACGGGACCCACCGACGCAGGUGAGAUCAAGAACCACCCAUUUUUCGCAGAGAUCAAGUGGGACGCGCUUGCGGGCGGUCAGCUGCCGCCUCCAUGGCGCCCGACGUUCUCGGGGGCGCUUGACACGUCCCAGUUUGACCGCGAGUUCACGGACAUGCCCGUGGUGAGCCCCGACAACAAUGUGCGCGGCAUGGCGAUGGCUAUGGGUCGACGACCCGCGAACGGAAACGCGUACGGCAGCAGUCUCACGGGCAAUGAUCCGUUCAAGGGCUUCACAUACACGGAGGACUCCUAUCUGCAAGACGGUCUCCCCGGCCGUAGCCCUGCCACGCGGGGAGGCGGCCGUGUCCGCCACCACAACAUGUAA